UCUGUAACACAAAAAUAAAUUGAAUUAAGUUAAUUCAAUUUUAUAUGUUUUUUCAUAUAAUUAUAUUAAAUUCAAAUUUUAUUUUAGAAUAUCAGUAAUUGCAGAAAUUUUUUUAUGUUUUCUAAUAAUAUUUGAAUGCAAAAAUUAAAUUUAGAAAUAAUUGAUGGUGAAAUUUAUGCAAAUGUAAAAGUUAGCAUUUUUAGUGUAUUAUUAUUUUUAAAGAAGAACAAUUCAAGAUGAAUGAAUCAUAUCAAUGUAAAGAUUGGAAAAUUUCUUUAGCCACACGAAAUAAUUUAUUUCAUAAUAAUAUUCCAUAUGUUCCUAUACUAGUGGAGAAUAUUCUCAAAUAUCUUUCUUUAGAAGAUCAUGAAAAAAAUGGAGUUAAAACAAUACAAACUUUAGGAAAACUUAUUCCAAAAACUGAAGCAUAUGCUAUGCUUCAAUCUUUAACACCUGGAAAUAAAUCUCAAUUUUCUAUUAGUUUCAAGAACUUAAAUGUUAAUGAUAUAUAUAUUAAAGAUUCGAAUAAUGCUUAUUAUGCAAUAUGGCAAAAACAUGAUGUUUUUAAAGUAUAUGGAACUUUAAAAAUGGAAGAAUCAGAAAAUAUGUUGGAAGUUUCCCAUUUAAUUCCAGUAUAUGAUAUUGAGGGUACAUGUAAUGUAAUGACAGUAUUAAUGACAAUUGCACGUACAGAAUACCGGCAAUAUUAUCGUACCAAGGAACAAAAUAAUAAGUUACAAGAACAAUGGCUUAAAAUGGGAGAGGAAAACAAAAGACUUACAAAAAAAAUUCCAUAAAAAAUAUUAUUCCAAAGUUAUUUACAGAUACAUGCAAAUGUAUGUAAUUAUAAAAAUGUAUGUAUUAUAUUUUUUUAUUAUUAUUAAUGUAUAUCGAAUUAUUAAUAUUUUUAAUAAAAAUAUCUGAAAAUAU